AUGAGCUCGCUCCCGCAGUCGCCGACCGACGACGAAAACAGGUCGUUCGACCUCAACCUGCAGCACGGCCACCGCGACCUGGUGCAGGCCAUUGCCUUCAACGCCUACGGCGACCGCUGCGCGACGGGGUCCGUGGACGGCAAGAUCCGGGUGUUUAACCGGCAUCGCGACGGGACGUGGAGGCUGUGCGAUACGUGGAGCGCGCACGGGGGGGAGGUCGUCGAGUUGCAAUGGCUCCCGUCCACAAUCUACCCCAACCUCAUCGCCUCCCUCGGCAUCGAAGGCUGGUUCCGCCUCUGGGCCGAGAACCCGUCCGCGGCGCCCGGCCGCCGCUUCUGCGCCGCGCGCUCCGUCAACGGCCGGCCGGCCUUUGACACGCGCUCCGCCCGCGCCCCCUACCGGUCCUUCUCCAUGAAGCACAACGAGGAGACGCGGCAGACGUACCUGGCGCUGCUGGCCACGGACGGGCGGCUGACGGUGUACGAAAACGACCAGCCCGAGAACCUGGCCGAGUACGCGUCCAUUGACGAGUUCAGCGUGUGCGCGCGCCCGAGCCGCGGCGACGAGGUCGCCUUCAAGGUGCGCUUCGACCCGAACCCGGAGCCGUGCUACGCCGCGCUGCGGGCGGGCGUGCCGGCCGACGCGCUGGGGCUCGUCGUCGCCGCCAUGGGCUCCGUCAAGGUGUACCGCACGCGGGAGGUGGCGGCGAGCAACUUUGGCGCAAACACCCUGCAGAAGGAGUUUUACCUCGCGGCCGACAUCUCCGGGCACAGAGGCUUGGUGAGGGACGUGGCGUGGGCGCCGGGGAACAUUAGGGGGUAUGACAUGAUCGCUACGGCGUGCCAGGACGGGUACGCGCGCGUGUUCCGGAUCGAUACGCCUUUUUCGGAGAGCGAUGGGCGGUCUUGGUCUGCGACGCACUUGCUGAACCGGUCGCAGCAGCAGCAGCAGCAGCAUAAGGACGCAGCAGCAGCAGGAGGAGGAGGAUCGAAAGACGACGACACAGCAGCGGCAGGCUCAACAAACAACACCAACACCAACACCAACAACAGCAACAACAACAGCAGCAGUAGCAAUCCCUACAGCAGCAGCGGCCAUCACCACACGCACCACCCCUCGUCGACCCUAAGCGCAAGCCUCGCCAAGUCGAGCAGCCUCGCCGAGCAGCGCGCGUGGACGGGCCAGCCGGGCCAGAUCCGGCACACGGCGCAGGAGAUGUCGCGGCUGGACAGCCACCGCACGCCCGUGUGGCGCGUGGGCUUUGACGACGACGGGCAGAUCCUGGGCAGCACGGGGGACGACGGGAGGUUGUUGUGCUAUCGGCAGACGCCGGACGGGAGGUGGGCCAAGAGCUCGGAGUUGGUCAUGAUGAAGACGAGGAUGGCGGCGCCUUAG